AUGGCGGCGUACCCUAACAGCGACAUUGACAGCGACGACCAUCACUCUCCUGGUCCGUGCGACGUGUGCGGAACUACCACCGCCGCGCUACGCUGUGAGGCCUGUCAUCUUGAUUUGUGCGUCACUUGUUCUCGUGCUCGUCAUCUCAGUAGUCUGCAUCUGACUACGGGUCGAUUCCGCUUCUACCGACAAGAAGACCCGGUUCAGGAGAAGGACGAGUCCCCGUCUACGACUUCGCCGCCCGAUUCGCCCGCGGCUAAGACAUUACCACGUUCACCCAAAACGGUUAACAGCAAUGCUCUCUGGGGCUUUGAAAAUACGUUGGUGCAGUCGCUACGCGCGCUAACUUUCGCUUCAGGCGAAGAGAUCAGCCUUGACUCAGCCUCGUCAACUGCUGCGACAACGACGACAGUUGUGGAAAGGCGUCCACGCAGCUUUUCGGACUACGCGGCACUAACUGAUACUGAGCGUUGGCGGGCACUGAGAGGACCAACCGAACUCCGGGAGCUUUGGGACGCCAUGAGGACGGAUAUUGCAUCUCGCCACGUGGUUGUGCGCUGCAUUGCUGGUGCAUGGAACGUGCUAGAUGUGCGCCGCAUCGUAGACCGACUUCAAAGCUUUGGUAGUGUUGCAAGCACGCGUCGUGAGUUGACUGAAAAUGGAUUGCUCUUCUGCACCUUUUUCGACCUCUCAAGUGCAGUAACAGCAGUCAAUUGCUGGCGCGCCGGCACUGACAUUCUCAGUUUUUGUCUGCCGUACGAAUUGCCAAAUGACGUCAACUCAGCAACACUACUCGUGCACUUUGCACAUUAUGGAUCGGCCAUAACACCUGCCGAGAUACACCGGGUUUGCACAUUUUUUGGACAUGUAGCGAGUGUUUUGCAGCCUGAAGUGCAAGCAGCUAAGUACAUUGUCGAGUACAGUGACUCGCGUGUGAUAUCGGUGGCACUUAAUGGUCUUCCACGUGCUUUUGACGUGUAUGGGUCGCUUUCCGUGGCGCGCACUACGCCGCCGACAUUGGAUGUCUCUAAACUUCAACUUUUUUAUGAGUUUUUGAAUCGAGCAGCAAUCACACACUCACGAGCGACUCGAUCCCGCCACAAAAGCUUUUCAUCGAACAGCACGUCACUUCUGACAUCGCCGACGUCGCCAACGUCGUCGGUCGCGUCAUCGCUUAACGCAUCAUUUUUAGAUUGUGCUGGUAACAAUAGUCCGAUGGCAUCCACAACCUCGAUGACGUACCCUGGCGCCGGAGAGCUCACAUCUCCGGUAUUGAUGCCUCAAGAUGAACAGCAAAUUUGGGCGCGACAGUUGCCUCGAGCCAGGAGUAAUUCGUCAUCAGCUUAUCUUGAUAGGUCGUUUUCUUCCAGUACGUUUGGCGAUUCGACGUAUUCCAACAGAUUUAUACUCUCAUCGUCUAGCACGUUGUUGAGUCGAACCAACGAUUACUCGUCUUUUCGAACCGUUCCUCCAUUGCAAUCUUCUAAUAAUCAGAUCUCUUCUUUCAUCACAGAGCAACAGCAGCAAUCGUUUUACGACUUACAAGGACAUCAAUCCAAAUUUAUUUCUAUGAGAUACAGCAAUGGUAACAACGAUCGUUGUGUUCGACCAAGUGCUGCAUAUAGUGGUAAUUCUGCUCAUGGCUCUACAAGACGCCACACAACUGGGCGACAUGAUCAAGGCACCGGCGAGUUUAGCUUGUCGAUUGAGAAAGUUGCAUCGGGCACAGACAAACGGACGACUUUAAUGAUUCGCAACAUCCCCAAUAAAUAUACUCAACAAAUGCUGCUUGCCGAGAUCAAUAGCAACCAUCGCGGCAAUUACGAUUUUUUUUACUUACCCAUUGACUUUAAGAACAAGUGCAACAUGGGCUACGCAUUUAUCAACUUCAUUGAGGCAGCGCACAUCGAAUUGUUUCACAAGAAUUUUAACGGCCAAAAGUGGACCAAUUUUAACAGUGAAAAGGUCUGCGCCAUAUCGUAUGCGCGUUUACAGGGUAAACAAGCAAUGGUCGCGCGAUUUCAAAAUUCGAGUUUGCUGGACAAACGCGAAAGCUAUCGCCCGCUGGUUUUCUGCAGUUCCGGUCCGAAUAGAGGCCAACCGGAAACAUUUCCAGCCCUCAAGCAGAUUGCUAAUAAAAAGCUUUCACAUACGUUAGGAACGUUUGGAGUUGACGACUAUGGCGGCAGCUACGCAGCUCAUCGAAUGCACUUGCACCCUCCAUCUCAACAGCACAUGCAACUACAACAAUUGUAUCCUCAGCAACUGUUUGGGAUACGUCAGCAUGCCAUGCCCCCUCUACCGAUAGCCAAUGGGCACCAUGGCAUGCAGAUUUUACCGCUACAUUACAUUUCCUCGUACCAGCCGGACGACUUACAAAUGGCAUCGUCGUUUUUGUACGGGGUACCUGGGAUGCCGUCAAAUGCGUUGGAAAACACACACUGA